GUAUAUUUUAUCAACAAAUCCGCAGUGACACACUGUCUAUGAUUCAUCAGCUGUCGAUCGAAAAACGAAAAUUAAAAACAAAGCACAGCAGCGGAACGUAGUUGCGAGAAAAUCGCUCAAAUUUCUAGUGGAACUAAUUUAGAAGGCUCUCCAGGAUGUCGGUGAACACCGCCCACGCCAACAACGGCGUGCUCAUACACGCUGGCGAGUACAUACUGCUCCAUAGCGACAGCGUUUCCAUGGAAUUCUCGGGCCAGGACAAUCCCGUGUUCAAGGGCUCGAAGGCGGGACGCAUCUAUUUGACAUCGCAUCGCAUGAUCUUCAACAGCAAGAAAUCGGCGGACACCAUGCAGUCCUUCAGUGCCCCGUUCGUGGCUCUGUCCGAUGUGGAGAUUGAGCAGCCCGUCUUUGGGGCCAACUACAUCAAGGGCAAGGUGCGCGCCCAGCCCAACGGCAACUAUGUGGGCGAGGUCAAGUUCAAGCUGCACUUCAAGGCCGGCGGCGCCAUUGAGUAUGGACAGGCCCUGCUGCGGUCGGCCAAGACCGCAAUGAACAACUACCAUCGCGGGGGCAUUGCCGGCGACGAUCCGCCGCCGUACCAGCCGGCUGGAAACUGGAACGAGGCUCCGCCACCGGCCUACCAGCCGCCACCGGGCUACUAUGGUUGGUUGCCGCAGCACGAUGCCUUCAGUGGCCCAGCACCGAAUACGGUGUUCAUGAGCGACAAUCCGCCGCCGUAUCCGGGCAUCACACCGCCGAGCAAUCAGCCAGCACCACCACAGCCUCAGGGCCCAUCGAAUGAACCGAAUUGGUAUGGUUUUUCAGCGCCUCCGCAGCAGCAGCCGCAGCAGCCGCAGUGGCAGGGGCAGGGCCAGGGGCAGGGAUGGGCUGGCGGCUAUGUCCAGCCACCGCCCUAUGCCGCCUGUGCACCAAACUGUCCGCCCGGACCUCCCUAUGCGGUUCCGGCUCAGACCUACAAUGGUCCGACCCCAUAUGGCGGCUACAGUGGCUAUAACAACGUGCCUGGUGGCUUCAUGCAGCCCCAACAACAAGCGAACGGCUAUCCAGGAGGACCAGGAGGACCUCCUCCUGCCCAGCAGCAGCCACCGCAGCAAGCAGGAGCCGCUGCCGGCGCUGCGGGUGCCAGUUUUAUGGGCUUCAGUCUGCCGCCAGGAACGGAAAGUAAAAAAUGCUAAAAGGCAAGCAAGUUCCAAGAAAAUCAAGAAAUCAAGAGCCCCCCACUCAUUUUAUUUGUUAUCAAAAUUAAGGAACCAACGAAAAGAAUUCAAGAACUAAUGGAUUUUGAAAAUUUGUACAUUCUCCCCCCUUCAUAAAUUAUUCUUUUGUAUUCCCCGAUCCCCUAAACCACCAUCAUGACGAGAUCUAACAAACAACAAAAAGCUAACAGUGAAGCUAAAGUAAAGCAAGUCGCAUCGAUUGGGCAACGAAACCCUAAAACGAA